GGCACGUGACGUGACGAAUGCAAGAUGGCUGCUACCAGUGAAAUUAAACCAAAUAACUUGAACUCAGAUGAUUCAAGUUCUUUGCCGUUAAAAUCCAAAGAAGAAGAAGAAGAAGAAGAAGAAGAAGAAGAAGAAGAAGAUCCAAGUUCUUUGAUUAGGCCUACAUUAGAAAGGUUCGCGGUUUCAUGCAGCAGUACGGAUCCAGAUUGGGAAGAAGAAAAUCUCCACCGCCAAAAAACCACCAGAAAAAGAAUAAAGACAGAAGAAGUCGAAACAUCAAAACAUUUGCGGUGCUAUGCGCACAUACCGUUAGCUUCUAAAGAACAUGAAGCAUGCCAUCCUUUCACAAUGACACGGUGGAAUACGUACAGGAACUGCAUGCGACAGUGGCUCUAUUUGAGUGGUGAGCACAGAAAGACGGCUGAGGCACACACACACUGCCUUGAUCUGGAGUAUGAAGACAUUCCCGAGGACGCUGGUUUCCAUCCCAGAUGCUAUUCAAGGUUUAUUGACAGGAGAGAAAUCUCACGAGUGGAAAAGCGUCUCAUACGCAAGGGAAACGAUGAGAGGCCUGCUAGUACUGACACUCAACCAGUGACUGAAGACAACUCAAGGAGUGAAGAUAAUUCAAUCCCAUCAACAUCGACUCCGAGUGUUACACAGGAAAGUAGAUCAGACUUGCCCAUCUCCAUCCCUGACCCACUCCCUUUUGACCUCUGCAUACUUUGCAAGAAAAAGAAAUACACCCGCAAUUGCAUAACAGGCAAGCGAAAUGUAGAGUAUUUGACGACAGCGUCAACAAAAGGCAAGUUAUUGCAAGCUGCUGAGAAAAACGACGACCAUACCAUUCUUCUUCACAUUAAAGAUGAAGACUGUGUGGCUCUGGGGGUGCAGUACCACAGGAGUUGUUACAGAGAAUACACCAGAAAGAAAACAACGAAGGUGGAGGAGCCAACGUUUGAUGUGAGCUACAAGAUGUUCUGUGAGAGGAUCAUCCGCCAAAGGCUGAUUAACAACCAGGAAGUGAUGAAAAUGGAGCAGCUGCAGAAGAUCUUCACUGUCAUGGCGACAUCCAUUGAAGGCCUUGAUGCUUCAGAUUACAGUGAGGUGAAGUUGAAGAGUAGGCUGCGCCGCGAUUUCCAUCAGCUCGUAUUUCAAACCCUCAAGCGCUGCCCUUCCCAGUUGGUUUUUGCUGAGUCACCGACAGAGACAGAGACGCCCAUGGACACGACACAACCUUCCCCAGCAGCAGAGCAACCCUCCCAGUCCGGGGAGACGACUCCGUCAAACAGCGCGACUGAAGAAAAGACGGUAGACUUGCACACAACACCAGAGGAGACCAGGACACUGUACACAGCCGCGCUGCUGCUGAAAACACUGUUAAGUGAUGCUCCCCCUCCACAAGAUGUAUCUGUUAAUGAAGGGCUAACUGUCGUUCCCCUUGAACUCUUUAAUUUAGUUAGUUGGGUAAUAGGGGCCAGUGAGGAGCCCACACUGGAACACACGGUCAACAUUCCUGAUGAUCUGCAUUUAAAAGUUUUGUCGGUGUGUCAGGACAUUGCCUACCUUGCUUCCAGGGACCAAAAGCAGUCAGUGUGUCCUUGGCAUCUGGAAGAUGAGAACCUACACGUCACAUUGAGGACAAAGCCAUCAUGAUGGCAGGGGAAGACAUUCAAAGUUUACCAAUCAGAUCAAACAAAAAUGUUGAACCUGCUAGCACAAGACUAAGCGUACAGAAGUCCAGUCAACAUCCCAGAUGAGACUGCCCGUGUGUGUGUGUGUGU